AUGAGGCCAAAUUCUACACCAACGCGCAAUGAAAACGACACAUACGAUCUUAGUCCCUCCUCCGCCUCUGACCCCAGCACCUUAGAAGCCAACCCACCUGCGCCGUACAACUUUCAAACGAGCAACAAACAGUGUUCGGACGGCAACUCAAACACGCUGUUAGGCUAG